GGCGCUCGACAGCAGGGACUCUAAUCAAAACAGAGGGACGUUUCCUUAUUUUUCUUUUAUUUACGAGCCGCAGACCUGAUAAAUAACUGUCCCAACAAUGAGGUGACUCCAUUUAAAAAGUUACUAAACGACGCACAAUUUUUUUUUAAAUUAUUAAUUCGUUUUGAUUAUUUUCUGUUCUCUCGGGCUUUUUCCACUUUUCAAACAUGGACGCCGAGGGGCCCCCGGCCCUCUCCGACCUCUGCCUGGCUCAGGUGUGCAGCAGCCUGGGCGCUUUGUGCCGCCUGCGAGCCGACGGCUCCAUGAGCCUCAUCUGGGCCCCGCUUCUCCCACAGGAGACGGCGGACCAACUACUUCACAAGAUGGCAACCAAAGGGAUACUGAAUGACACAACUGUUGGGAUUUUCCGAAACUGCAAAGAGCUCCGCCUGCGCAGGGUCUCCGUCCGGCGCUGUCCGCUGUCGGCCGAGGCUUUCCGCCUGGCCCUCUGCCCCCACCGGCUCCUCGAAUUAGACGCCUCCUGGGUCCCGGGGGGGCUGACCGCCGCCGCCGUCAUCUCGGGCCUGGCCGGGAGCCCCGAGUGCCGGGUCAGCCUCCAGCGGUUGUCCCUCAACGGCUUACGCCUGGACUGGGGGUCUCUACGGGGAGGUGGCCUCAGCUCCCUGACCGGCCUCAGGACGCUCAACCUGGCCGACACCGACCUGAGUGACCAAAUCCUGGAGGAGGUCUGCUCGCUCCCUCGUUUGGAGUCGCUGGACGUCUCCUCCAGCCCGGUUUCGAACCUGGCCGCCCUGCUGCUGUGCAAAGGCACCCUGAGGUCUCUGACCGCCCACAGGCUGCGGCGGCUGGACAUGUCGCCCGGGCGGCUGCUGUUCGUCUUCGGCCAGCUCCGCGCCCUCAGGCACCUGGACUUCUCGGACGACCACUUCCACGUGGACGACAGCGACGGGAGGGAGGGCGACGAGGCGCUGCGGCAGCUCCUGGAGGGAAGCCCUCAGGUCCUGCCCUCCCUCGUUUCGCUGGACAUAUCCGGGAGGAAGGGGGUCAGCGAGGCCGCGGUCCGAGCGUUCGCGGAGUCCAGGGGCGGGCUGGCCUUCCUGGGCCUGCUGGCCACGGGCCUCAGCUCCUGCCGGCUCCUCUCCUCGCGGAAAAACCUGAAAGUAACCGGAGAGGCUGAUGAGAACCAGGUGUGUGAGGCCCUCAGGAGGUACAGGGAGCGGGAGUGUUUCGUACGGGAGGCCCUCGUCCACCUCUACGGCCUGACCGCCGACACGGACAAACCCCGGCCCGACACGCUCAAGCUGGUGGUGAGCGCCAUGCAGAGUCACCCCACCUCUCUGCACGUCCACCUGGUGGCUACGGCAUGCGUGUUCAACCUGACCACCCAGGACCUGGCCGAGGCCAUGCCCGUCGGCCUGAUCAGCUCCACCGUCUCCCAGCUGCUGCACGCCAUGAGGACUUUCCCCAACAACCAGCAGGUGCAAAAGAACUGUCUGCUGGCGCUCUGCAGCGACUACAUCCUGCAGGAAGUUCCUUUCGACAAGCAUUUAGCCGCCACACUGGUGAUUAACUGGCUGAGCAGCUACGAGGACCUGACCCUUCAGAGGAUGGCUGUGGCUGUCAUCUCCAUUCUGGUGGGAAAGUUGUCCACAGCGGAGACAGCCCGGCUCAGCGAGGAUGUCUUUUUUAUGAAGCAGCUGCUGGCCAUCGUUCAGCAGAAAGCCAUGGUGGGAGUUGUGGACUCCACUCUGAAAUUCGCCCUGAGCGCUCUGUGGAACCUGACGGAUGAGAUGCCCGCCGCCGCUCACAACUUCAUCGAGUGCAAGGGCCUGGAGUUGUACGAAGAGGUUUUGGAGUCCUACUGCAAUGAACCGUCCAUUCAGCAGAAAAUUCUCGGCCUUUUGAACAACAUCGCUGAGGUGGAGGAGCUGCAGGCCGACCUGAUGGACGAGGACCUGCUGGAGCACAUCGUCAGUCUGCUGCAGGACUCCCAGUUGGAGGUGGGGGUCCGUUACUUCGCGGGGGGGAUUCUGGCCCAGCUGGCCUCCAGAGCGGGGGCCUGGACUCUGGACGACGAGCUGCGCGCCACCAUACUGAAGCAACUGCACGAAUCAAUAAUGGCAUGGACCCACCUUGAGAGAGAAAUGGUGUCUUACCGGUCUUUCCGUCCAUUUUGCCCCCUCAUUCAGACAUGUCAGCCUUCAGGAGUGCAGCUAUGGGCAGUAUGGGCCAUACAUCUAGUCUGCACUCAAAACACCUCCCAUUACGGCGGCAUGCUGGAGAGGGAGGGUCUGACCGAGCUGCUGAAGGCUGUGGCUGCACACCCCGACACACACCGCAACGUCAAGCGCCUCUCGGACAGCAUCCUCUCCAUGACGGAGGAGUCCCUCCGCAGUCCCUCCACAGCCACAGAGCCCCAAAACACUUAACGCAAUUAAAAAGGCAAACGUCUUCAUUUGAUUACAUGUGUCUGCACGGCUGCUUAAACUUCCUCGACAUGGAGUCCAUGUAAAGGCCUUUUAGAAUGACCGUUUAAUAGAAUGUUUUAUGUACUAUGUACAGAAUAUUAGAUAUGAUCAGUGUUUUUUUUUUUCUGAAUCUAUUUAGUUCGAAGCUGGGGAAUUAUUGUACAUUUCUAAAACCUACCAGUGGAGGUCUCUGUAGUUCUGUGGCUGUGCAAUGUUUUUUGCUCGCUGAAAUUGUGUUUGUGUAAAUGAUCAGCGAAUGUAUAGAUUCA